GCGGCGAGCCGAGCCGAGCAGAGCUACCGCGCGGGCGGGCGGAGCGAGGGCAGCGCAGCCGGCGAAGAGGCCGCACCGUAAAGCCAGACGAGGGGGCCGAGAGACGGAAGCCGGGCCCAGCCAGCCAGCCCCGGGAACCAACCGCCGCCACCAUAUCCGCCGCCUCAGCAGCAGCGGCGCCAUCUCCUUCUCUAAGCCCCGCCAUGGCCGAGACGAAGGAUGCACAUGAGGAGCAUGACUCCACAACUGACAAUGUAGAUGAUUCCAACCAUGACCCCCAGUUUGAGCCCAUAGUUUCCCUUCCUGAGCAAGAGAUCAAAACUCUUGAAGAAGAUGAGGAAGAACUCUUUAAGAUGCGUGCAAAAUUGUUCCGGUUUGCAUCAGAAAAUGAUCUUCCAGAAUGGAAAGAGCGAGGCACUGGUGAUGUAAAGCUUCUGAAGCACAAAGAGAAGGGGACCGUUCGCCUCUUGAUGAGGAGAGAUAAAACCUUAAAAAUCUGUGCAAAUCAUUACAUUACGCCCUUAAUGGAAUUGAAGCCGAAUGCUGGCAGCGACAGGGCAUGGGUGUGGAAUACACAUGCUGACUUCGCAGAUGAGAGUCCCAAGCCAGAACUUCUGGCAAUUCGGUUUUUAAAUGCAGAAAAUGCCCAGAAAUUCAAGGCAAAAUUUGAAGAAUGUAGGAAUGAGGUUGACAAGAGGGCAAAGAAAGCAGGAACAGACAAAAAUGAUAGCGCUGAUAAAGUUGCUGAGAAAUUAGAAGAACUUUCUGUAAAGGAAGAGAGCAAAGAACCUGAGAAGAAAGAAGUCAAGGAGGAAACUGAAGAAAAGCAAUAAAUCAUCUUGGGCCUUGUAUUUUUUUCUUUUUCUUAACUUUUUUAAUUUUUACAAGGGACUUUAUAAAGAACUGUAUUCCAACAUUCGAAGUUUUUUUCUAAGCUUUUGCCCUUUUUGAAGAGAUCUUCAGAAAAAUUCAUUCCCCAGUCAUGAAAAUGUACUGUGCUAAACUUUCUUUUCCAUAGUGGAAACACUUAUUUAUAGUCAUCCAAGAGAGUAAAUAAAGCUUUGAAAAUGGUUAUCAAAGGACAGAACUGAGUUUUCUAUAUGCUUCAGAUGUGUGACUGCAGUUCUUACAUUUUGGGUUUCUAUUUUUGAGUGCAUAUCUUUAGAUGAAAUGUGGUAUAACUGAUUCUUACCAAUAGGAAAGGUGCGAGUAAUAAAGAUGUUUCUUGUAUGUUGUGUCUGAAACUGUAAUGACUGAAAAAAAAUACUUUUAAUGCUAAGAUUUCCUUGUCAUUAAACCUAGAGUGGCCAGCUAUGUAAACAUUUCUUUGAUUCUCCAUUUAAAAUAACUCUUUGAGGUGUGCUCACUUAAUUUCUUCCUGUUCUUUUUAAGAAUCCUAGUGCAUACUGUUAGCUACACAGUAUUUGCUCUUACCGUUCAGACAUGCAAGACAGAAUAUCUCUGGACCUUUCUAUUAGAACAGGGAAAAUACCUCAGUCAUUCUUCCCUUUAAAAGACUCCUGCCAGUGUAUUUGAUAGCAGUGGAUUUGAAGGUUGAAAGGAUCGUGUCUGUCUGUCUGUCUCUCUUCAGAUACCCCAUCCUUGAAAAGCCACCAUAAGCAGCAGCUUAUAUUGUCAAAGAGAGAGGUGAUGCUCAAACUAAUUUCAAAAUAAAUUAAACUUAAUCAUUAUUGUUGGCUUGACUUAGUUUUUGAAACAACAACAUACUCAUUUUUUUGCAGAAAAAGGUGGAUACAGCAUGCUGAGUUUUCAUGUGCCUUUAUCAGUCCUUUGCGAAUGGCAAAGCCUUCGCUUCAGGCCUUAAAACGUGUUGUCUCCGGACACAUUUCCCCCACUGUAUCUGUGGCAGAUCCUUCCUCCUCUCUGCAACCUUGAUUGUUCAUGCCUGUUCCACAUUCUUUGGGUACUUCUCAGUUGUAAUUUGCUGAUGCGAAACUGCUGCUUAAGUCAAUGAGGGAUCACUUUUUGCGCAUGAAUCUUGAGACUCACUUGUAAAGAAUGAAGGGGAGUUAUAAUACUAGGCUAUAAUAAACGGGUGGAAGAGUUCUGUGCUUCUAAGGUUUGUUUUAUAAAAUUAAGAACUUGGCUGUAUUUGAACUUGACAUAUCUUCUGUCCAUCAGUUGUGUGUGAUCAUCAGUUUCAGUCGUUUGUGGUCAAAUUUUGUUUCAGAACUGAAGCCAUAUUGCUUGCCAUAUUUGAGUGGGUUUUCUAGAAUUAUAAAUGUUUAAACUUCUCUAUGAAAAAAGUAACCAGACUAUAAUCAAUGAGAUAUCAUAAUUAGGAAUGCAAAAUCCUUUCUAAAUUGGAAACCAUCAUUCUUGAAAUUCAGUUACUAUGACCUGAAGAAGUUAACUUGCCUUUAUUGCAUCUGUAUUGUUUACAUUGCUGGAUUUGUUCAUUAUACGUAUAUGAAUGCAUUAAAUUUUUAUUGCUAUAGAAAUA